AUGACUGUUGGUAAAAAGGUAUACUAUCGACUUGAUCUGAUCGGUAAGGGUGGCUCGUCGCGCGUAUUCCGCGUAGUGAGCACGUCGAACGAAAUUUAUGCUAUCAAACGGGUGAGCCUAGAAAAGAGCGACGAGGACACUGUUGGCGGAUACUUGAAUGAGAUUGCGCUGCUGAAGCGUCUCGACGGAAAUAAACGAAUUAUCCGUAUAAUCGAACAUGAAGUGAAAAAUGUCGGGACUAGCAAGGGUUCUAUUCAGAUAGUCAUGGAAUGUGGAGAAAUAGAUUUGGCCAGACUCUGCCAGGUUCAUCAGAGGGAACCGAUGAAUACAUUAUGGAUAGCAUACUACUGGCAACAAAUGCUUGAAGCCGUUCAUGUCAUCCACGAAGAGAAGAUCAUACAUUCCGACUUGAAGCCGGCGAACUUCGUACUCGUCAGGGGGCAGCUAAAGCUUAUUGACUUUGGCAUUGCAAAAGCAAUCGCGAAUGAUACGACAAACAUCCAGAGGGAGCAUCAGAUUGGCACCGUUAAUUACAUGAGCCCAGAAGCGAUCGAAAUGCCUGAAGGCAUGCGCAAACUAAAAUUAGGUCGAUCCAGCGACGUCUGGUCCUUAGGCUGUAUUCUCUAUCAAAUGAUCUAUGGUCACGCUCCAUUUGCGCACCUGACGGUAUUCCAAAAGAUGAAAGCCAUCCCGGAUAAGAACUACAUCAUCGAGUUUCCGGAGGAGUCGGUACCGGAAAUUCCUAGUCCGCGAAGUGCUUCUGGUGCUGCAUCGGCUCCGCCGACGCGCUUGACGCACCUUGCUACUCCUGUAAGGAAGGAUGUUAUUGAGACGAUGCAGAGGUGUUUGCAGCGUGAUCCGAAGGAAAGGGCGCUUAUACCGGAGCUACUUGAUGAUGACUGGUUAUCUAUGAGAGAACGUAAGUUAUUUCACAUAGACUAUAGCUUGAAUACUUUAGCUAAAUGA